CGCCACUACAGAAUGUGGCCAAUGAAAAAAUAGCAUUUCGAAGGUUUUCCGCUUUCCCUGAAGUUCUUGACAGAUUGUACUCUGGAGUGAGAGAGUUCAAGAUGGCUGCCACAGGUUGCAAGUAAACUGCUCCCUCUUUUGGAUCAUACGGUGCAUGACUCUUCCUGAAGCUUUGGUGUCAAGUCAUCCACCACCUUUCUCUCAUCAUGUCCUCUACCUCCUCAUACUCCUCCUCUGGGGAAACGAGUCCUGAGGACGUACCCCGAGGUGGGGGCACCAUCCGAGUCUACCUCCCUAAUAAGCAGAGGACUGUGGUGAAUGUUCGCAGAGGGCAGACGGUGUAUGAGAGUUUAGAUAAAGCUCUCAAAGUCAGAGGCCUCAGCCAAGACUGCUGCGCUGUAUUUCGCCUUCUAGAAGGUCGUAAGAGACUGACAGACUGGGACACAGACAUCACUCCUCUGGUAGGAGAGGAGCUUUUAGUUGAGGUUCUGGAUGACAUUCCCCUGACCAUGCACAACUUUGUACGAAAGACCUUCUUCAAACUGGCUUACUGUGAUUUUUGCCACAAGUUUCUAUUCAAUGGCUUUAGGUGUCAGACUUGCGGCUACAAGUUUCACCAGCACUGUAGUAGCAAGGUACCAACUGUCUGUGUGGACAUGGACACCGUAAGCAAGAGAUGCGAUCCAGGUCCCUGCACAGAUGAGUAUCCUCAGAUACUCUUGCCAGAAAAUUCUCCAUCUCAGAGUAACAUAACCUUAACUGCAGAGCCUGCUGGGAUGGACCUUCUGUCCCCGACAUCAGCCUUUCGCUUCCCCAUGCCCACUGGAGAUGGUCAGUCUCUACAAAGACACCGCUCCACGUCCACUCCCAACGUUCAUAUAGUCAGCACAGUGAGCCCUGCUGUUGCCAGCAUCAUAGAGGAAACACUGAAAUUCAACAACACAAUAGGUCCUGAGCCAUCACCAAAGCCCUCCACCAGCCCACCCUCGUCUUUAGGAUCUCCAGGGAGAAGACCACCCAAGUCCCCAUCGGAGCACAAGGAGCGAAAGUCUUCCUCAUCUGAUGACAAAAAAAAAGUACAUCGGGGGGGCUACAGGGACUCAAGUUACUACUGGGAGGUCCACUCAUGGGAAGUCACCAUCCUGAAGAGAAUAGGAGCUGGCUCCUUUGGAACUGUAUUUAAGGGCAAGUGGCAUGGAGAUGUAGCAAUAAAGAUCCUUAAAGUCACAGAGCCCACACCUGAGCAGUUGCAGGCCUUUAAAAACGAAAUGCAGGUCUUACGGAAAACCCGCCAUGUCAACAUCCUGUUGUUCAUGGGCUACAUGACCAAGCCCAACUUUGCCAUCAUCACACAGUGGUGUGAAGGCAGCAGCCUGUACCGCCAUCUGCAUGUCACUGAAACUAAGUUUGAUACCAUGAGGCGGAUCGACGUGGCCAGACAGACAGCACAGGGGAUGGAUUAUCUUCAUGCAAAGAACAUCAUUCAUCGAGACCUGAAAUCUAACAAUAUUUUCCUCCAUGAAGGUUGGACUGUUAAGAUUGGGGACUUUGGUCUCGCCACAGUGAAGUCACGGUGGAGUGGCUCUCAACAGGUCGAGCAACCCAGUGGAUCCAUUCUUUGGAUGGCUCCAGAGGUGAUCCGCAUGCAGGACAGCAAUCCUUAUACAUUCCAAUCUGAUGUAUAUGGCUAUGGAGUUGUGCUGUUUGAGCUGAUGUCAGGCAGCCUGCCUUACUCGAAUAUCAACAACAGAGAUCAGAUCAUUUUCAUGGUGGGACGUGGGUACUUGUCUCCGGACCUCGGCAAGCUCGACAGCACCUUACCCAAGUCCAUGAAAAGGCUGAUCGUCGACUGCUUGAAGUUUAAGCGUGAUGAGAGACCCUUGUUUCCUCAGAUCUUGGUAUCCAUCGAGCAUGUGCAGGACCUGCUGCCAAAAAUUGAACGCAGUCGAUCUGAGCCCUCUCUCCACCGGGCCGUCCACGCCGAGGACCUGAACCCCCUCCUGUUCCAUACCACGAGGCUGGUGCCUCUCUAAGGCCCGAGCAGUGCUUGGUCGAGAGGCUUGUGUCCUCCUUUUCUUUGUUUGUCUUUUUUUUUUUUUUUUUUUUUUAAAGCACACAGUCCAGUGCCUCCGAGAGGCUUCCGCUGGCUUCUGUUUCACAACGCAAUCUCAAACUCUUAAAUCUUAUUGGAGCCGUUGCAGCUCCAGCCUGCAGUAACACACUACAAGACUAAUCGAAUGGUGUUUAGUUGUCUUUUACGUUAUUCACACAACAACUGCUUUCUUAUUCGCCAACUGUCGGUUUGGGAGCAUCUUUCAAACAGGCGUUAGAUACUGUCACUUUACGCUCCAUAAUCCACAAUUAUCACCACGGAAAUGUCAUUCUGGAGACAUACACCUCCAGAAUUACCUGCCACUACUCCCCGUAAUGGUGCACAUCCGGUUGAUUGAUAACAUCAAGCCAACACAGAAGAAUGACAAUGCAUAUGCCAGCACCUUCAAAUAUGAACUAUUCAGCCUUUGAAAAUGUAUUUGCAGCCCAAGAUGACAACAUUGGGACACAUCUUGCUCAAGUCAAAGGUUAGCACCUGAGAAAUGAUUUUUCCUGUCUGCACUGGUCUCAGUAAUGUCUCAAGCUCAACUGAAUGAAUACAUCUAAAAGACACAUUACUUUACUACUACAGUGGAACCUUGGUUAACAUCAUUAAUUUGUUCCAAAAGAUCACACUAACCAAAAUGGACACUAAACGAAUGAAUUUGUCCCAUAAGAAAUAAUGUAAAUCCAAUUAAUCUGUUCCAGAAAGCCAAAAGUGUUAACACAGAACACGUUUUUAUAGUUUUACAAUUAUAGUUUUACAUAGAGAAAAAAAUUCUAAAGGCAUAUCAAUGAUGAAUGAAAUGGCUAAAUGAACAUUUAAGUUUACUUUUACCUUCAUUCAAGACGUGAUUGACGUGACUGGAAACAGGAAGGCGGUGGUGGUUGACCUUGCUGCCACAUUGUGUCUUUGGGAACAGUCACGUCUUCAGUGAAGGUAAAAGAAACCUGAAAUGUUCAUUUAUCCCUUUCAUUCAUCAUUUAUAGUCAUCCCUCGUUUAUUGUGGUUGCUUGGUUCCAAGCUUGACCGCGAUAAGUGAGUAGUAUCAAUAUUAAUAAAUGAAAUAUUUUCGUAUUUGCAGCGUAUAAAACCUUUUUGACCUUCUAAAUACUGUUUUUACCAUUUAAUAGAGCCAUGUAGACAUGAAAUAACGUCGCUGUAGUCACCUUUACACUUGUAGACAUUAUAGAAAAUAAGCCAGCUUAGACAUAAGUAAGAUUCACACGUUAGCAUUAACAGCAUACUUCCUGGUGGCUGUUGUCUCACCAGACCAGACCAGAGUAGAAUACUACUUUACUGCCACUGUUUGUAGUUGAGAGACCCAUGAUGCACCUCCAUCACUUUAACAAGCAGAGAACACAUGCAGUGAACAUUCACACAGGAGCUGCUGUCGGACACUCUCUACACUGCUAACCUGCUGCUAGCACUCAGCUAACAGUCAACUCUAGCCAGCUGACGCCACACGUACUGUACCUUCCCAGACAAUGCUUCUUAAAGGCGCACACAACAAGUCACAGAUUCUGUAAUACACUUCAUAAAGGUGCACACAAGUCACAGAUAUUGUAUUACACUUCAUAUCACGUCGUCUGAAUGCAUCAUAUUUGUAUUUUCUUUCAUUUAGCCAUUCUUAUACUUGAAAAUGCUUACCGUAAAUUCCAUUGUGUAUAAGCCGCUACUUUUUUUCUUAAGCUUUGUUUAGUACUGUGCUGCACGCAAGUCAAUGAGGAAACAAUACCUCUUUCUUUGGCAGGAGCCAAUCACGAGCUAUAAGUGCACUCACAAGCAUGUCAACACAUUGGAAGUCAGUGGAGGUUAUUGUAUAUACCAGUAUAACAACAUAACAGUCAUCUUUCAAAGAACGCUGCACUAACUUCAUCACACAGCAACUUAAUACUCAAAAGUUGUAUAUACAAAUAUACAAUCAUUUCCCAAUAGGACUUUAAAAUGUUUUUGUUUUUUUUAAGUUUUCCCAUAAGGCAUUGCAUCUGAGCAACAUAUUCAUUGGGGCGCUGCAAUGACAUCACCUUUCCUCUUUUUGCUUUGGGUCCUCUGGCUUCCUCUGGCGGACAGAAGCAGCAUUGCAGCUAUUUUCUAUGCUUUUUAUUCUCUUCCAGUGAAAUUGUUUUCUCAAACGAAAUGCAUUAUGGGAACACUUUAAAAUGUUGGAUUUUUUUUUUCAUAUAAAAACUUGUCUUGAUACAUGUUUCUUUAUAUAACGUUAAAGGUAUAACGUUUGAGUGUUAGUUGCUGUGUGAUGGGUUGAAUGUUGUUUGUAAGAUGAAAGUGAGUCAGACUGUUAUAUUUAGUAAUGACGCCCUGCAAUUUCUACUGGGUUGACAAGCUCGUUGUGAGUUUAUUCAUAGCUCGUGAUGGACUCUGUCAAAUAAAGAGCUGACUGGUCCUCACGGUCUUGUGCGUGCCACAAUAUGCCACUUUAUGAUGUGGACACAUGCGGCUUAUAUAAGAACAAAUCUAUUUUUUUCCUCUAAAUUUAGUGGGUGCGGCUUAUACACCGGAAUUUACGGUAAUUUAUGCCAAGAUGAUGUACAAUUUGCAUGAAUAUGCUUUUUUUUUUUUACAAAUUGACCAUAUUUAACCACAGAACAGUGAGAACUUAUUUUUGAUAAACCACGAUAAAGUGAGGGACCACUGUAUAUGCAUUAAGAGUUGUUUUGUGCAUGUGAGACUUUAAAAACGUGUUUUGCGUUCACAUGUUUGAGAGUGAGAGCUGAUGACGUAGAUGGAUGCCAUAACUUCCGGUUCCGGUUGGCCAUUUUGUAAGCUGGUGAUUCUUCAGUCGAGCUUGAAGGUGUCUGUUUUUGAACAGGGGAUUCUUUGUUGGUUUGGCCGCCGUGGAGCGUCAAUACGGUAGAUCCCCGAAAAACUGCACGUAAUUGAGACGGGAGGUCAUCACAGCAAACACCUCCCUCAAAAUAACAACCAAAAAUCACAAGUAAUGUGUGGAACACACGAUGGAACUGCACCACAUGGACUAUGCAGGUAUCCAAAUAAACACAUACACACUAAUAUACAUGCAAAACAAUACUAUUUUAUACAUAUUUAUGACUUGGAAGACAUGCUCGGUACCUUUCCAUGCCAGGAAUCUAAACCGCCUCAUGUCCGUACAGCCGUCCCACAAUGAAAGACCGUUAGUAACACCUCGCAAACCACUGUCGUCUGCGUGCGUAGAUCCUGUGUACACUGCAAAAACCGCCAUACUUGAAAGAAGCCCAAAUGAUAUUAAAAUGAGACAACUUUUGUUAUUUCAAGCAAAACAUUCUGCCAAUGGGGAAAGCAAAAGUUGCUUGGCUAGAAUUCUUAUAACUAGAAUAUUUUUCUUGUGACUUUUAAGAAUAUAAUGAGUUCUAAAAUAAGCAAGUUGUUUUUAAUCACAUAGCUGAAUUUAAGUCAAAUGUUCUUAUUAGGUAAGGUAAGAAGUAAGCCAAAUGCUCUUAUAAGAAUCUUGUUUGCACAUAUUCUAGAUGUAGGAGUGCUAUUCUAUUUUCUUCCAAUGUCUAGAGGCUCCGAUCAGCCUAUCAUGCCGAAGGAAGGAAGCCGAUACGCAGGGCGAAUGUGUGAGUUCUGCACAGAUGUGUUCCAAUGGGGAUUUGAACCCAGCUUGCCCGAUCGUGGGGUUAACAUACUAACCACUCAGCCAAUGUCUUCACCUGUUGGCAUGUUAGUUAUGCUGGUUACAUCUUUUCAACAAGCAGGACGCAAAUUAUAUUGAUGGAACUUUUGUUCAAAAAAGGAGUGUGAUUGAAUCUAAAAUCCACUUAAUUCAGGAAAACCUAUUGUCAUAAACACUAUCAGAAUUCUUUUUUGGCAUGAUUUGCAUGUAAAUUCACUAGUUUUUUACAUUUAUAAACUACGUAAAGAAUAUUUUCUUCAAUCAAGUUGAAUAAUUUUACACCUUUACACAGACAUCUUCUGUACCGCUCCUAUUUUAGGGCCGCGGGGGCAUGCUGGAGCCUAUCCAAGCUGACUUCGGCAACAGGCGGGGUACACCCUGGACUGGUGGCCAGCCAAUGGCAGGGCACAUAUAGACAAACAACCAUUCACACUCACAUUCAUACCUAUGGACAAUUUAGAGUCUCCAAUUAACCUAACAUGCAUGUUUUUGGAAUGUGGGAGGAAACCGGAGUACCCGGAGAAAACCCACACAGAACAUGCAAACGCCACACAGAAAUGCCCAAGGUAGAAUCGAACCCAGGUCUUCCCGAUCUCCAGACUGUUACUGUUUUGGCCGACAUGCUAACCACUAGACCACCGUGCGGCCUGCACAGAUUUUAUGUCGACAUUUAAUUGAAUAAAUGUUGGUACGCUCUAUGAAAUUUGCUGUGCAGCCUUCACAUUGGUGCGAAAUCAGCGAGUCUUUACAUUUAUUUAUUUAUCUGUGUGUGGGUCCAUUCUUAAACGUAGGAAGUUUAGAAACCAGUUUUAUUCUUAAUUUAAGAUGAAUAUUCUUUAUCUCUUGUUGAAAGAAUAAUCAAAAUAAGAUUUUUAGCUUAUUAGAAAAAAAGGACUUAUUACUGGCAAAAAUAUCUUCAUAAGAAUUGGCUAGCUAUACUUUUUUAAUAUAAGAUUAUUUUUCUUGAAUAAAAAUUGCAUGGCUGUUCCGAAAUCAGCAAAUCUUGAGAUAUAUUUACUGUGUGUGUGUGUGUGUGUGUGUGUGUGUGUGUGUGUGUGAGAGUCCGUUCUUAAAUGUAGACAGUUAGGUCAGCAGUUUUUGCUCUUAAUUUAAGGCAAAUAUAUUGUUAUUAGAAAAAAGAAGACAUUUCUGGCAAAAAUAUUUUGGCUAGCUAUACUUUCUUAAUAUAAGAUUAUUUUUCUCAAGUGAAAAUUGCUAGACACGAUAUUUUUUCUUUUUCGGAAAAAAAUUAAGAAAUUGUUACUUAAAAUGGGACUGCUUUAUUUUCUUGAAAUGGAGUUUUUGCAGUGUACCAGCUUCCUGUGGAUUUAUGUUUUGCUGCUUUACCUUCCUGCUAACGUCUUAGGCACACGUGUCAAACUCGUGCAGGUUUUCUCUCCAACCAGUUUCUUCAGCAGGUGCUUUAAUUGAUGAGCUCCUUCCCUCAAACCGAGGGUGUUGAUCAUUAAAAUCACCCGCUUUAAUGACUGGCUGGAAAGAAAACCUGCAGUGUCUCGGCCCUCCAGGGCACGAGUUUGACACCCCUGGUCUAAGGGAUGGUGUGACAUGGACGUUAGGAACUAGUGAUGUCAUGUGACCCUUGUCACACCUUGACGCCUUACCCUGCUAGCACGGCUCUUCAAACACUCUUGAAAGCUUUAUGUCCAAUGGCUCCAAUCGUGUUGGCGCAUGGAACAUGCAGAUAAAAAUACAUGAAAUUCUUGAAAUGUAGUCAUUGAAGCGUAACCUUUUUUUUUUUUUUUUUAAAUGCGUUUUUGCCAGAUUUCAUUCCACUGUAACCCAGUAGAUGUUACGAGCAGACCACUUGAAGUGAUGAGAGACAUAUGAAGUGUAAGAGUGUUGCAGGUGUGUACCCUAUGUUGUUAUUCAUCCCAUGUACAGUACAUCCGGAAAGGAUUCACAGCACCCUGUCCACCUUUUAUGUUAGACUUAUUCCAAAAUGAAUUCCAUUCUUUUUGCUCACUGAGAAUUCAACACAGUUCCUCAUCAUUUGUGUGAUUUUUGUACAUUUUGUUAAAAAAAACAACUAAGAAAUCACAUGUGCGUAAGUAUUCGUAGCCAUGAAGUUGAAAAUUGGGCUCGGGUGCACCCUGUUCCCACUUGAGAUGUUGGGAAAGUUCACUGGAGUCCACCUGUGGUCAAUUCAGGUGAUUUGGAGAGAUGCGAGAACGGCCGCACGCAGAUGCUUCCCAUCCGACCUGAUGACACUUGUGAGGCGCUGCAAAGACGCCAGCGAAGCUGAAGAAACACCUCGAGCAUGACCAGUGGACACGGGACGCAUCUGAGCUUCAUGGCUGUGAAUACUUGUGCACAUGUGAGUUCUUUGUUUGUUUUUAAUACCUUUGAUGACAUGUUUUUACAUUGUCACUAUGAGGUGUUGUGUGUAGAAUGUUGAGGGGAAAAAUGAGUUUAUUCCAUUUUGGAGUACGUCUGUAACAUAACAAAAUGUGUGUGGGGGGGAAGGUGAACGCUUUCCAUGCGUACCAAGUGUACAUUGGAGGAGUCGUGAAACGUGAGGCGGUUUUGGAGAGACCUUGCCUUUUAUUUAUUAACAUCUUAACUCUCAGAGCUGAACUAAAUGUGAGGUGAUGUGGAUCACAUGUUCUAGCAGGCUACUGGUACUGUCUGCUCCUCCUAAACAUUGGAAACCUGAUCGUCUUUUGCCAGGGCAUUCAAACACCUUGAGCGCAAAGAAAACCUGACAUUUUUUUAAAAAUUUUUUUAUAAGCAGUUUUUUUUUUUUCGGGAUUUCACGACACUUGAUUUAGUAAAAUACUGUAAUAGCGCUUAGAACAUUUCAGCAAUAGCAAGAAUACAAAUGGCUGCUCUCGAAAAUGUCCUUCAUGUUAUAAAGAGCAAUAGGUUUUGUAUAAAUGCGACCUUUUUGGACCAUUUUCUGGCCGUAUUGAAAGAGAAAAAGAUUGGCGGAGGAAAGGAGGCUCGUAUCAGAAGAGGCUUUUUCAUAUCUGGAGGUGAACUGCAAUAAUUCCACCUUUCUGGGGUGCCAGGGCUGUUCCGUUUGCAAUAAAUAUUCUGCUGUGUACAGUUACAUUUUUUUUUAUUAAGAAAUGUACUUAUUUCUAUUUUUUGUGUGAUGGAAAAGAACAAAAUUAUUUUAAAGUGUCAUGGAGAUCUUAGUUGUUUUUUUUUCCUCUAAAGUGUUCUUUGUCCUAAGACAUUGCAGGGUUUAUUCUUAAAAUAAAUUCAUUUGUUGAGAUUUUUA